AUGAGUCAAAACAAAAAGAAUAAUAAGAAGCCGAAGAAAGGAUACUAUAAGAAGGAGAACGAGUUUCAACAAGAAGAGCCUAUAAAUGACAGAUUUGAGAUAAAUUCAGAUGAAGACGAGGAACUUCCAGAUUUUAGCUAUUUACUAAAUUUACACUCAUCCAGUACAAGUCACUUGAUACUGAAAUCUGAUCAGGAAAAGUUUGAAACUGAAAGUGUAAUAAAUACAUCAAAAUAUUUUAAUAUAGACAUCAAUUUACUGAAUAGCGCAGUUAAGUCGAUUCCAUUUCACGAGAUACACGGCAUUGAAGGCAUCAAUUGGUCACAGGAUGAAAUUGACUCUAUGAAUGAAGUGUCUAAAACGAAUGAGGAAACUUAUAAGACAUUAUUAGCUAGCAUUUUGAAUCCAGCGACUGAAGAAAUCAGCUCACCUGAAAAGAUCACAAAAAAUAUUAAGGAACUAAAGAUCAGUCCACAAAAAGGAGAUAAAAAGAAAGUCGAACAACAGCCUGAAUCAAGUGAUAACAAGGAAUCUAUGGAAAACUCAAGUUCCUCUGAAGAUGAAAAUGAAGUCAUUCAGCCUGUUCGUAAAAAAGUCAAGCUUCCAAUUCCAUUUGAACCGUGUAAAAAUAAUCAAGUUGACGAUCCAACAGAUCAUGAUGGCAGGAAACGUCAAAUACCUCACAUAGCUGGAAAUUGGUCGUGUCAUGUAUUUAUAGAUUGUUCAUACUUUAAGGAUGUACUCAGUGAUUAUAUUAAUAGAAUUACUGAGAAAUAUGAAGAUAUUAAAAUCAUAGACACUCCACAUGUAAGUCUGUCCAAAAAUUUCAUCAUUAAAUAUCAUUGGAUUGAGAACUUAAGCAAAGUUAUUGGACAGAACUUGAAGUUUAGUACCUUUAAACUGAAAUUUUCAGUAUCAGAAAUAGUUUUCUUAUCAAAUGAAGACAAAUCAAGGCAUUUUGCCUGCAUACUAGUUGACAAAAGCUGUGAAGAUCACUUAGAGCCAUUAAUAGAAUCGACAGACAAGUCGUUGAAGGAAUUUGAACUACCGAUGUAUUAUGAGAACCGGAUAUUUCAUGCAUCAAUAUUUUGGAAGCUGACAGAGUUUGCUGAGGAUGAAAAGACGUUCAUAAGAGAGGAAAUCCAUAGUUUUGCACAGAAUGAGAAUAUUUUAUUUUCUCUUGUCAAGGACAUUACUUUUAAGACUGGAAAUAAAAUAAAGCUAUUUAAUUGUCAGUAG